AGGAGGAGGCGGGCGCGGCGGCACUUUCGCUCCGGCGCGUCUACUCGAGACACAAAGAUUUCGGGGCCGGUGGGCGGGGAAGGUGAUUGAUUAGCCUGCAAUCUGGUUGCACAGGGCUGGGCGAAGGCCCGAUAAAGAGCCUUGAAUGGGGCUGAUGUCACCGUGAUGUCAAGCUGGUAGCUUCCCGGAGCCGAAAGCGAGGGAGCGCCGAGCGAGGGAAGAAGAAAGAGCCUCUCCGCGCCCACCCGCGCCCAGCGCGGCUGCUCUUGCCACGGCACGCCCCCUGCGCCGCCUGCCUGCCUACCUCCCAGAGCCUCAACUUUCGGAUCCGGAUUGUGAAAGGCACCAGGUGGUGGUGGCCGGACCGUAACCACCUCGGAGUCCCGGGCGCCCGGCUUGGCGCCGCUUGGCUUUGUCCUCCGCGGUGGUGGGGAGAGGCAGUUCUUUCCUAAAGUGCCAAAGAAUAUGUGCCAUCGCUCCAAAACGAUGGGUGUACCCAAGGCGCUGCUGCCAUACCUUUGGCUCCUGGGACUUACCACCAAAGUAUGCUUGGCGGAAGCGACUCCAUCGCCGCCGGCAGGGUGCGGCAAGGACUUGCAAUCCAUCUAUUACAACCUGUGCGACCUGUCGUCAGCCUGGGGCGUCGUGCUGGAGGCGGUAGCCGCCUUCGGUGUUGUGACCACCUUUGUCCUCACCGUUGUCCUUGUGGCCAGCGUUCCGUUUGUCCAGGACUACCGGAAGAAAAGCUUGAUAGGGACGCAAGCCUUCCUGUUGUUUGGCACCUUUGGGCUUUUCUGCUUGACUUUUGCCUUCAUCGUAAAGCAAGAUUUUUCGACGUGCGCCUCGCGGCGCUUCCUCUUCGGAGUCCUCUUCGCCGUGUGCUUUUCUUGCCUGGCGGCGCAUUCCCUCAGCCUCAAUUUCCUCGCCCGGCGGAACCACGGGCCCCGGGGUUGGGUCACCUUUGGCAUGGCCCUGCUCCUCGUCUUGGUGGAGGUCAUUAUCAACACCGAGUGGCUCAUCAUCACUGUGGUGAGGAGCAACGAUUCGCCCAAGGACCCCUGCCGGGUGAAGAAUGAAGACUUUGUCAUGGCCCUGAUCUACGUCAUGUUCCUGCAAGUGCUUGCCUUCGUUGCCUCGUGGCCCGUCUUGUGUGGACGUUACAAGCACUGGAGGAAGCACGCCGUCUUUCUCCUCCUCACCACCUCCCUCUCUAUGGCCAUCUGGGUCGUGUGGAUUGUGAUGUACAUUUACGGCAACCAGCAGGAAGGAGGCCAAGCCUGGGACGACCCCACGUUGGCCAUUGCUCUCGUCUCCAAUGCCUGCGUCUUUAUUUUCUUCUACGUCAUCCCGGAGAUUUCCCAAGUGAUCCGGCCGGGACCGGAGCAAAUCUACGAGGAAGAUGUCUACCCCACCCGGGGAGUGGGAUAUGAAACCAUCCUCAAGGAACAGAAAUCCCAGAGCAUGUUUGUGGAGAACAAGGCCUUCUCAAUGGAUGAACCUUCUUCAGCCAAAAAACCUGUGUCCCCAUACAGCGGAUACAACGGGCAGCUGUUGACGAGUGUGUACCAGCCCACAGAGAUGGCUCUCAUGCACAAGGGGCCUUCUGAGGGCCCCUAUGACGUCAUCCUCCCUCGUGCCACAGCCAACAGCCAAGUGAUGGGCAGUGCCAAUUCUACACUGCGUGCUGAGGAUGCCUACAUUUCACAGAAUAAGCAGGGAGUGGCACAGAAAGAUGGAAAGAGCGGGCAGGCUUCAUCUCCUUACAGCAAGAGCAGGUGGUAGAAGCCAAAGUCUUGAUUUCAGAAGGUCCUGUUCCUCGAGGAUGCCUUGCAAAACCUGCCUUUGCGAAGGAGCAUCUAAUGAGGCUAGGCCUCAGUUAGCCAUUGAGAUUUCAUUCUGGCGGUGGAGACAAUGCAGUUUCUUCUUGUUACACAUAACUCCAAGUGCUCUGCUUGACCUCUGCUAUAGAAAAUCUGGGUCGCCGUACUGGGAUACCCCUGUGGGUUUGUUUGUUUUUUUAAAAUUCUGGACAGCAGGACUUCUAUUUUGCUUGGAGCCUUCAAUCAAGUUCUUCUUAGUGCCACCUCUGCAGUACACUAGCCAGCAUUUCGGGACCCUCUUUCCUUUUAUUAUUAUUUUUUUAACAUGCCACACCAUUCAUGGACCACGUUGACUUUGCUGUGAGUGUCUCACAUUCUUCUGCAAUGCUACCUGUUUUUAUGCUGUACAAAUCCGCCUUUCCUAAUACUGAGAGGAUCUUGUCUAGGCCACAACUUGGCCUCCUGGUGGAUGAUUGAGUUGCCCCUACCUUGCACCCUGUUGCCAAAUCCCACAAGGGAGUGCUUCAGAACUGAGAAGGGUGCUGCUGUUUUGAUUCCUCUUCAAUGGAGGCCGUGUAGAUGCUGGUCCUUCCGCGGAGAAAAACUUUGUCAAGUGUAGAAAGAACUGUGGUAACCGCUCUCUCAUAGCCCUCCUGCUUUUGGACCAACCCUGGAGUGCAACAGAUAUCAUGCCUGUCCCAGAAUCCUGAUUGUUCCUGAUCUGCUGCCUCUCCACCCCUCAGGGCAACACAAAAUGAAGGCGCAUAAGGACUUUUUAAUGCUUGGUGCUUAACUCUGGGUGCCAAGGUGCAUGAGGGGGGUUGCAGUUCUGCCUUAUUUUGCAGGCAGCAUCUCAGAUGUCUGUGACGACUGUGUUUUGGUGGUAUUUGUGAGUUCCUGGUGCCACCCAUUGAACAUACAGGAGGUGCCAACUGAUGGGGAAAGCUAAAGGAGACAGAUAGGGUACUUCCUAGUUUCCACACAGAGUGAGAGUUGUAGGAGAUCCAUGACAUUUGCUGUUCCCUGUCAGUAGAUGCAACAUCAGAAGGGUUCCCCUCCCAGUUCUGCCCCCCAGCACAAGCUCAUUUGGACCUCUUGAGUGAGAUUUGCAAGGUGAUAACCUCAGUUACAUGGCAGAUACGUAAGUUCAUCCCCACAGAAAGGAGAGAAGGAGGGGAGAUGGAAUUAUAAAGUGAAGCCAGUGGGCCUACCAGUGCAGGAGAAUGGGGUGGGGUGUUCCACGCCCAAAAUUGCCGUAUUUCCACAGGAGUUUCAAAGGACAAAGCUGUGAAAGUCUUGGGCUGCAGAGCUCCUCACAGAAAAGUAAUUUCCUCUCUUUAGUUUUAUUCAUACUUCACUCCUCAUCUGCUGAGAAUGGGCCGCACCUACUCUGAAUCUCCUGCCUAAAAUUCUCUUGGCUUUUGCGCCAUGCGCAUUAUAAAGUGACGCCCCCCUUUUUCUCUUGCACUGUUAGGCAAUCUGUCUCCGUUAAUAACAACUCUGUAAUCCCCUUGCCUUCUCCCUGUAUGUAUAUCUUGCCUUUGACAAAGGUGGGCUUUGACCCAUGAGAGCUUUGUGCUGCGGUAAAACAGUUACAGUACAAACCUCAUCACAUAAAAAAAACCAAGUCCCUCUGAGCUCAGUGGGGCUUACUCCCAGGUAAGCAGUACCAGGAUCUCAGCCUUAGUCUUUUAAGGUGCCAGCACUCACAUGCUCCCCGCGCACUGCUCUGUGCCAGUUGUGUUGGGCUAUGGCCUGACCUUUAUCUUGGUAUUCUUAGCACCCUGAGGCACCACCACCUUCUAUCUCCUCUUCCUUGUUCUCACUUUGGAGAG